GGACUACUUCAUCAACUUGCUUUGCCCAAAGUCAAUUUUUCCUACGUUAAAAAAAAAAAAAAAUUUCCGGAAUUAAAACCAAAAUCAGAGAAGGGUAACACGAUUUCACCUCCAACGAAGAAGGAACAUGAACCUCCUCCUUCUUCUUGUGAUUCUCUGUUUCAUCUCCUUCUACACUCCAACAACUGCUGGCAAUGGAAGCAAAACAGAAGAAAGGGUGAUUCAAACAAAAGGUGCCUAUGAUUCUGUGCUUUGGGUGGUUCAAUUCUCCGACCUCCAUUUCAGUGUUCACCAUCCUGACAGAGCCAUCGAUUUCCAUGACCUCGUGGGACCCGCACUUUCCUUCAUCAACCCCUCCUUGGUCCUCAUCACUGGUGAUCUUACUGAUGGAAAAAGCAAGGAUUUAUUAACAAUGAAGCAAAAUGAGGAUGAGUGGAUGGAAUACAAGACUGUGAUGGAUAGUGUUAUUCAGAAGAGUGGGAUUGACAAGAGCUUGUUCUUUGACCUGAGAGGCAAUCAUGAUAAUUUUGGUGUGCCGGAUGUUGGAGGUUCGUUCGAUUUCUUUUCUAAGCUCAGCAUCAAUGGGCAGUUGGGCAGGACUGGGAGUGUCAAUAGUGUUACCCAUGAGACGCCAGAGCGGAAACAUCUCUUUGUUGGGUUGGACACCACAAUGUUGACUGGCUUACGAGGUCCAACCAAUCUUUUUGGGCAUCCCACAGACCAAUUACUAAGUGAUCUAGACUUGGAACUCUCACGCUGGGAUUCUCAGUUAGAAAAACCUGUUACCAAAAUCGCCUUUGGCCAUUUUCCACUCUCAUUUUCCGCACCAUCUGGUUCUGGAAGGACGUUGGAAGAUGUUUUCCUAAAGCAUUCCAUCUCAGCUUACCUGUGUGGGCAUCUCCAUAUCAAAUUUGGUAAGAACUUAAAGCGACACCAUCUGUUGGGUAAUCAGUUUCCACCUUUCCAGAAGCUGUUUCAGACUAACAUGCAUAGGAGUUCUUUUGGAAGUACUGUAAAUUGUUCAUCAGAAGUUCCACCAAUUCAGGAGUUUUGGGAGUGGGAGAUGGGUGAUUGGAGAUGGAAUAGAGCCAUGCGAAUUUUAGCCAUUGAUACAGGCCAUGUUUCAUUCGUUGAUCUCAAUUUCAAGUCAGGAGCCAAAGAUGUGAUUAUAUUACCCACUUUUCCUUUAGACUCUCGUUUCAUGUCGACAUCAUUAUCCCAUCACAACUAUGAAUGUCGAAAUGUGGCCCUUUCGUCUUAUGAGACAAUUAGAUCUCUGGUGUUUUCUGAUUCUCCAAUGGUGUCCGUUGUGGCUAGGGUCUAUGAUUUGCAAUCUGGAAGUCUUGUUUUAGUGGCAGAAGCAAAAAUAAAUAAGCAUGCUGACGAGGCUUCCAGGGAGAGCCUCUAUGUUGCUCCAUGGAAUUACAAAGUCUAUGAGGAUGCUUCUCCUGAUAGGUAUUGGCUUCAAAUUGAAGCAAAAGACAACAUGAGCAGAUCAACUUUUAGUGAAUUAAGGCCAUUUUCCAUUAAUGGUCACAUUGAGUUUUCUUGGAGCUGGAAGGAGUUUUUGGUCAUGGGAUGUCAAUGGGCUGCACUAUAUUUCCCGUUAUUCUGGUCUGCUCUUUAUGCUAUGUUCUUCAUUCUUCUUCUUCCAAAAGCUCUUCUUGUUUUUCCAAAGAUAUACACUUACAAGAACUUUCUCACCAAUAAAGUCUUGUUUUACUAGUUGACUAUUGAAUCAUAAGAAUUUGAAAUUGUAAUGUGAUAUUGAUCAAGCAUUCCAAUCUAAAAUAGAACAAUCAAAAGUAUUUACUAUCAAUCGUUUACAUUUUUUUUUUGUGGGGGUGGGGUAACGAAAUUCAUGGUCAGAGUGACGUAUUCAUAACAUGUAAUUUAGAAGAUUUAUACCGUAUAUUACCAAAGCUUAUUUGAUGUCCAUUUUCAUGCAUUUAAAAUUUUGAUUAAAAAAAAGGAUAAUUCUUGUGCUUGAAUUUAUGUUUUCAUUUCUUUAUAAAUUCUUGAGAAAAAGAAAUAAUAAAAAAUAGAAAGAGAAAAAUAAAGCAAGAAGCAACUAGUCAAUGUUUUGCUGACAUCUAGAUUUUCUUUUUCAAAUCAGAAACAUCUCAUUUUCAUUUGAUCUCAUUAGCUACCAAAGUCCAAAACACAAAAUAGUGCAAGAGUUAGACAAAUAUAGUCAACGAAAGGGCCGAUUGAAGAA